AUGUCCUGGACCUUUUUCAACGCUAUCCAAAGUUUGCAGCAUCGAUCGCUGGCCCGCACUAUCGACGAGCUUGUGUCUGCCGUCGAGGUGGCGUUCAAAGACCUGCAUCAUGUUGUGCUGGACAAGACCUUUGUCACAUUGCAAACAGUCAUGGAAGAAACGUUGAAAGUUGGGGGCGACAACUGUUUCACUCUGCCGCAUUCGAAAAAGGACAAGCUGUCAAAGGAAGGUAAGUUGAAGGCACGUCUUCUAUGUGAAGAACAAAUGGACCGACUUAGUGAAGUGUUCAAUGUGUCAUGCUCGAUUGGAUUGUCCAUGAACCGGGACGGGAUUAGUCGAGUGUGUGAUGUGAUCAACCACAUUGCUCUAGAUAAUGACGACUAA